AAAAAGAGACGUGGAUAGAGAGCGCGAGGGCUGUAGGGAAUUAGAGAAGGGUGGACGGAUAACAGGACAGAGGAAAAAGGAAACAGAGAGUUCCUCGAUUGCCGUUAACGACAACCAAGAGAUUAUCCAGUUGAGAGUGCGAGAUCCUAUAACGCGAUGCAGCUAGUUACUACAUAGGUUUCGUCGUUUGCGAGCGUCGCCGUCGCGCCGCUCCCUUUCCACGUCGCCUAAACACUCGAGACAUCGAAUAUCCAAUAAUUUUCGUAUGUUUUGUCGCAAAACUCGUAGUUGACACGUUGAUUGCCACGUUGAUGUCACUCAUAACCGGAGUUUCCGAAUUGAGAACGAUUGCGACAAGAAGAUCGUUGCGGACUAAAGGGGUUUAGUAACGUAAAAGAAACCCGGAAAAUCGGUCGAUAAAAAACAAUCGAACGAAGAACACAUCGAAACCGUGGUCAUUGUCACAUGGAGACAAUGCACGGCUGACAAGAGGCGGGCGACGAGCGAAGAUAGAGGAGUGCUGCUGACGCGAGACGAAACGGAUGAACACGGUGAAACUAUGCUGGAUAUAUCGAGCGGCUAUACGAGGAAACCACGGAGUAAUGAUCAGAGCUACGCGGUCGUCUGGGGUGUUGACCGCGAAUUCGAGACAGGCGAUUCGCACUGGGCCCGAUUGCCGAUGUAGAUUCCGCUUCACGGGCGACUUCGUGCUGAGGAUCCUCCUCGGCCUCUGCUACAUCACCGGCACCUGUUGCGACUGGAAGGAGAGGAUGCCGCGCGGUACCAAGGAACUGAGGCUAGCCCUACGACGGCAGAACGAGCUCGGUUACUGCGAUUUCGAUGUAGCCUGCAACUGGCCCUGGAACACUACUAGACUUGAUCAAGAUCACAGCUUCGACUUCAAAGUGGCCACGCCGGGUGACAUUAAAUACGGGCCGAGGACGGACGCAAGUCACACGAUGGAUGGACACUUUCUGUGGUUCACCGGCCCCGGGAAGAUGCAAUUGUGGUCUUCCACUAUUCCGCAAACCAGUUCGAGUUGUGUGUUGGAAAUAGCUUUAUAUCAGAUUGAAAUGAGGGAUGGUGCUAUCAGUUUAGUCAUAAACAGAAAUAAUACAAGCUCAAUUACUACGGAGAAAGCCGGGAAUAAUCGUGAAAGAUGGGAGGAAACGUGGUUUAAUCUACGCGCACUUAGUCAGCCGUAUAAACUUUUAAUAGAAAUGUCGGCACCAUAUCCUAACUCCAGUAUUGGUGUCGACAACAUUCGUUUGUCCGAUUGUUUCACAGAAUUAACACUGGUCCCGAUAAAAUGCACGGAAAACACGUUCCGUUGCAAGAACGGUCAGUGUGUGAACAGAACACAGGUCUGCGACCUAAAAAAAGACUGCGACGACGGCGAAGACGAGAUUCCUGAAUGCGACAAAAUACCGGAGCACGCCAGAUGCAAUUUCGAAGACGGUUGGUGCGGAUGGAAGAACGUACCGGGGAAACCUUUAAAUUGGACCCUUUUUCGUGGCCCAACGCCGUCCGACAAGACUGGACCUAGUUUCGAUCAUACGUACGGCAAUGCGUCCGGAACAUACGCGUACGUAAAUAUGUACAAGCGACUUGGAUUAGGCAGUUCCAGUACUCUCGAAAGUCCGAUAUACAAUCCAACGCCGCCUUACCACAACGAUGAAAAAAGUCCUUAUUAUAAAACCUGUCAGGUACGUUUCUUCUAUCAUCAAUAUGGCACGCACAGUGGUUCCCUUGCACUGUAUUUAGUUCAAAUGAAACCUCAUCAGAAUCAUUCGGUUCAGUUAUGGCGGAUCUACGGUGAUAAAGGCAACAAAUGGCACAAUGACGCAGUUACGUUACCGGACAUAAAAUAUAGGUAUUUUUUGCAAUUCGAAGCAAACAAAGGAAUAUCCUCAACGGGUGAUGUAGCGAUCGACGACGUCUCGUUGAGCCCUGAAUGUUUUGGCAUUGGGGUUCCUCCUGAGGUCGUUCGAGAUUUCGAUUAUUACCAUCCUUUUAUAGAGUGGGAAAGGAUUCCAGAUCAGCAUGUGGAUUUUAUAAACGGAACUGUUAUCCGGCUAACAACCUGCGGUGCCAAAGGAAGGAUAGGACCCACGGUUGAGCAAUGUGCCAAGGAAUACAAUAGUACAGACAUAGAAUUAAUUGUACCACCAACGUCGCUGCGAGAUCCCUCCUUUCCUUUAAAUGGUGUUCAAAGAUGGACAGCACCUCACGGUGGAUAUUACACUUUGAUUGGAGUGGGUGCGCGUGGAGGUAAAGGAUCUAGUGGAAAGGGUGUCACGUUGGGUGCCCUUGUUCGGGGGGUGCUUUAUCUGGAAAAGGGUGCACAAUUGUAUUUCAUGGUGGGACAGGCAGGAUCGGACGCAUGUCCAAAAAAUUUAGAUCUCACAACAGAUAGUUGCCAAACUGCUGGACAAAUGUACGGCUCGUAUUUAGGAAUAACUUCCAGUGUUCGCGAUGUGAAGAACAUUAAGAUAAAAGAUGGCGGAGGUGGUGGUGGUGGGGCAACGUAUAUCUUCCAAUUGAAAAGCAAUGGAAUUCAGCACCCGAUUCUUAUCGCUGCUGGCGGAGGUGGUUUAGGUUUAGGACAAGUCUCCGAUAAUAGUCUUCAGCAUGGACGAGGGCCUGUGCCAUUUGGGAAACAACCGCUUCCCAGUCCAAUUUUGUCACCGGAUGACGGCGCAGGUCGCCCUGGCGGCGGGUGGAAUGGAUCUUUAAACAGCAAUAAGGGUGAGCGACCUACCGCCGGAGCGCCUUUGAUUCACGGCGGUGUCGGAGGAAUUGGUUGCGCACCGGGCAAUCACAGCCACGGCAAUGGCGGAUUCGGCGGCGGAGGUGGCGGAUGUCUCACAGGAGGCGGGGGUGGUGGUUACAUAGGAGGUCACAUGGGUCACGAAGUAUCCGGGAACGGUGAGGGUGGUUAUUCGUACGCCAGCCGUGAACUUACGCACGUGCAUUACCAGGUAGAAGUAAAUCAUAAAUCCGGUGAAGUGUACAUCAUUCCCGCUAUCAGUGGUUGUGGCUGCGAUUUCCGUUGCAUCGCCCUGGACCCGCAUCUCAGCUUGACAGAAUGCAUAUGCCCACCUGGAUGGUUACUGAGUAAUGACUCGAUACACUGCGUCGUGGCCGACGACUCGAAAGUCACGCAUCAGACGUUCAUGAUUCUGCUGAUCACUGUAAGCAUCGUCCUAUUGGUGGCUUUCACCGCCCUCUGCCUACUUCUUUAUAAUCGUUAUCAAAGUCGCAAGGCGCUUUUACGUCGACGACAAGUCAUGUUCGGCAAUGGUACAGAGUUAACGUCGUUACGCGCAGUCACUGACACCAUGAUGACAGAGUUCAACCCUAACUAUGAAUUCGCUGGGAAUCUAUACAGCUUUAAGGAUUUGCCGCAAAUACCUCGCGACUACAUCCACUUAGUGAAACCCCUGGGUCAAGGUGCUUUCGGAGAAGUAUUCCAAGGCGUCUACAGAUACCGCCGUAACGAAGAACACCCAGUCGCCGUGAAAACGAUACCCUCCUCGUCCACGUCCCAAACCGAAGCUGAUUUUAUGAUGGAGGCUUUAAUUAUGAGCAAAUUCAAUCAUCCGAAUAUCGUUCAUUUCAUCGGCGUAUCCUUUGACAAGAAUCCAAAGUACAUCGUCUUGGAACUGCUCGCUGGCGGCAACCUGAAGAAUUUCCUUCGCGAAGAAAGACCACGAGCGGAUCGGCCUACUUCGUUGACGAUGCUGGAUCUAAUAAUGUGCGGCUACAAUGUCGCGAACGGCUGCAAAUAUAUGGAAGAGGCGCGUUUUAUCCACCGUGAUAUCGCGGCCAGAAAUUGUUUGCUCACUUGCAAGGAGCCCGGUCGGAUCGUGAAAAUUGCGGACUUCGGCAUGGCCAAGGAUAUUUACAGAAGCGAUUAUUACAGGAAAGGUGGUAAGGCUAUGUUACCCAUAAAAUGGAUGCCGCCGGAGAGCUUCUUGGACGGAAUAUUCUCAACGAAGACCGAUGUUUGGGCAUUCGGCGUUUUAUUAUGGGAAAUCAUGUCCUUCGGUUACAUACCCUAUACAGGGUGCACUAAUAGAGAAACCAUGACGAUGGUAACAUUGGGAGGUCGUUUGGAAAAGCCAGCGGGAUGUCCCGAUCCCAUUUACGGUAUAAUGACGCGAUGUUGGCAUCCACGACCCGAAGACCGGCCUAGUUUUACGACUAUCGUCGAAAGAAUUGGUUAUUGUUUACAGGAUCCCGAUGUAAAGAACCACCCAAUGCCUAACUUUGAUAUAUUACCGAUUUAUCAUCAUGAAAUAACGAUCAUGAGGCCGGAUCCUGAAGCGGAGUGUAUCAAUGUACAAUCAGAACUGGAUGCGUGUGGCUACAUGCAACCCAGAAUCAUUGAUCCACGAUCAGCGAGUCAGCGUAUGGCUCAAGCUGCCGCUAGUCAUGUUCCGUCGGAUCUUAGAAACGAAAGUUCGAAUAAAACAGCGUUCACACAACCGGCCGAUCGUCCGCAAUGCCGAUUUCAUUCCAAUCUGUACGACUCUAGUACAGAUAUCUCUGAACAAACUUACGGGGGUAAUACGAGUCGCGACGGUUUCGAUGACGAGAAUGACGAUUCAGAGAGCAAAAACAAGGCUGAUAGCUCGAACCGUGAUGAGAACAGUGGACAUCGAACUUCAACGGACAUCGAAAAUAGCGGUAAGUUAGAAACCGGAGACAAUGGUAACAACCGUCCAUCGGAAACCGGGAGUUGCCGAAGUAGCACGCUCGACGUGGCCGACGUUGACAGGAGGAACGGUAACGAAAGCAUCACCACCACCGACACCAACUCUGACUCUUUGAUCGUUCCUUCUUCGGGCACUCCGCCGGACACGACGAACUCGUCACCGAAUACGCGUACCUGCUCCCCUAGCCACGUUGGCCUGAACACCACCACGACCAAUGUGAACGGAAUGCUGAAGAAAAACGCGCUGAAAGCUGCUCUCAGCUUAGACCCCAGCGCGUUGUGUCGUGGCAAGAUACCCUACGAAAAGAUCAUGUUCCCGCCGUCGCCGCAACGGUCCAGCACACCUGGCAGCAUGGAGAUCAAAAAGUUCUAUGUAUGAUGGAACUAUCGUCUCUCUGUUCUUCACACGAAGGAUCCUCUGGCCCAUCAGCUACCAAGAGCAGAGGAAUGCUCCUGCUGAGAUUUGCAUAAAGGGGAGUGACAGGACUCCCCAGCCGGCAGCGUAGCGGCACGUGCAACAAAAUCUCUCCAACGAUCCGCCACAAUAACAACAGUGUCGAUAGCAACGCGUAUCACGGAGUCCUCGUCACACAUGUGGAUACGAGACGAAGAGUACUCGCGGCGAGCGCACUCCCAAGAAACGCUCUUGUAAACAGACACCGUGAACGAACUGUAAAAUCAGUUACCAUUUUGCGCAUCCCACUUUAUUUAUACAUCGAACGUCUCAUUUCAGUCGUGAAAAACACGAAAAUUACGGUCAAAUGUUUGCAACGAACGUUACGAAAUAAGAGAGGGAGCUUAAAUUUGUGUAAUUUCGCGGUAGCCUCGAAGAAUCCUGCGAAAAUCAACUUAUAACCUCAAGAUAGGAACUUGCUCGAUGCGUUGAAACGUUUUCGAAACACCACCGAUGUUUUGAAUUUCGUUCCAUUAUUCUCGUUAUUUAUCCGCGUACGAUCUUCAUACGAGAGGGAAGAGUUUAAUUGCGUUUACUAAAUGGACGGAUGCGUUUUGUAUAUGCGUACAAUAAUCGUAGAUCGGUCUGCCGCCGCCAGACGCGUUCACAAACCCGGAUGACGCAUCCACGACACAAGGAAUUGCAAUAACCGUCCAUUAUGAAAUUCAACUAAAUCUCUUUUCUCGGCUCGUGCGUGGACAUACAUGCACAUACACACACGUACACACACAACACAUAUAUACGUAACUAAUAUGUACCUCUAUGUACACGUCGGAACACAAUGGUGUCCGAAGAAAGAAUAAAACGAAAGAGCGAAACGAAUAGAACGUAACGACACAAAAAUCUAGCAUAAAGUUCGUAACCAAUGAACUUCGUAUACAUUCCAUCGCAGUUUCACAUAAAAGAUUAUUAAUGAAAAACAAAAAAACUAUAUGUAGAUUGUAUGUAUAGCUGUUAUGAGUUUAGCGAUGUUCCUCCCGCGGAGGACAGAACGGAGGCGCACCGGGUCCUCGUCCUCUGUGAAACGUGUGCAGGUGUCAGAGUCGUCGAAGUCGCGAACCGUGUUCUAUGAAAUAUUUUUUUUAUUGGUUCCAGAGCGACUUUACUUGAUGUACG